AACUAGAAGACAGUAAUGGCUGUAUUACUGUCGUUUGUUCGUAUAGUUCUUGCGACAAGAUAUAUUAUUUCUUAAAGUUAAUCGGUAUUGUUCAUGCGUAGCUAUGUUUGAUUUACUCGAGAGUCAAUAGCCAGCGGGCGUUGAUCGUGUUAAAGGUACACUUUAUCCUGGAGUACAAAUUUUGGUACUAUUAAAGCUACCCGGGAAAGGCGUGGAUCAUAACCUCAAACGUACGCGAAGGCAGAAGAAUUGUUGUUCUUGUUAGAAAAGGAGAAUACAAUGGCAAUGAGCGAGGACUUUAGUUUUGCCGAGUUGUGCAGACUCUGUUCAUUGAAAAGUAAUCAUCAGAUGCAAAUUUUUGAUAAAGAGGGCGAGCAGAGACAGCUACUCUUCAAAAUACGGUCGUGUAUACCGGCGGUGAUAACUAAAGAAGAUGCUUUACCGAAAAAUAUUUGUCAGAGGUGUGUGUAUAAAUUGGAUAUGUUUUAUGAAUUUCGUGUAAGCUGCAUGACAACUGACACAGUCUUAAAAAAUUAUGCAGAUAGUUUAAAACAUUUAGCAGCAUCGGUAAAUCACCAGAGCAACGAAAAGGACAAGAUGCCGAACGGCCAGCACCAGCAGCGCUCGGCCUACGUGGAGGCGCACGCGGUCGCUCAUGCCGCCGUCCAGCAACAUAUGGCUCAGCAAGCGGCCCAGGCGAGGCUCUUGUCGGGACCCGUGCCCACCGCCGCGCCCCAGCCGCCCAAUCCGACUUUCACGCUGCCUGACGACGGCCUUGGCUACGACGACGGUGUCCGCGUCCUCCGCUCCAUCGGUACUUGGUCUCCGGAUUAUUCAUCGGCGAUGCGGCCGGGUGCGGUGAUGUCGGCCUUCCCGGGCGCCGCCACUGAGCCGCAGUUCGGCGGUAGCAGAGCCCAGGCAUCGUCGGUGAACCAGCAGCCGCUGCGCAACGCAGCCAACAUCCCGAGUAGCAUAAGGCCGGGCUCCGUCUCCAAGGCGACCAAUACCGGCGAACCGACGACGAAGGCUUUCGCAUGCACCGUAUGCGGCAAGGGUCUUGCUCGCAAGGACAAACUCGUCAUCCACAUGCGUAUACAUACGGGCGAAAAGCCCUACUCCUGCGAAGUCUGCGGUAAAGCAUUUGCGCGAAGAGAUAAAUUGGUGAUUCAUAUGAAUAAAUUGCGCCAUCGACCAGGCGUCGCAUCUCUUUCGACGCCCUCUGUAACCAGUUUGCACAAUGAGCAACAACAGCAACAACAGCAACAAGCCACACAACAGCAGCAGCAACAACAGCAACAGCAGCAACAACAACAACAGCAGCAGCAGCAACAGCAACAACAACAACAACAACAACAACAACAACAGCAGCAGCCGCGCCCUGAUAGUACUCAGAAACCUAAAGAAGAACCGGUCAGUUGGGCAUGCGAAUUGUGUGGCCGAGCAUUAGCUACUAGAGAAGAAUGGUCACAACAUGCUAGAUCUCAUCUGGAAGCCUCUGGGCCGCCUCAGCACGCGGCAGCGUAUUUCCCGGGCUCGGUACCGCCGCCACAACCGUACCCAGCCGAGAGGCACCACUGCAUGAUGUGCCGUACGGACUUCACGGACAAAACCGAAUUCAUCCUGCACGUGCGCUCACACUUCGAGCCUCACGCCCAGCAAGCGGCUGUAGCCGCCGCCGCAGCCGCGGCAGCCUCCGGCAAGCAGGACCCGGCGACCGCGGAGCUCAUCGCCCGCGGCCUCGUUGAUCCCUCAGGCCUUUGCAGCUAGAAUAUCCUCGAGCGGUCUCGUCGGCGCUUCUUGUCCUACGGCGCCUCAGUCGCACCCUCGAUCCGCGUACUACCGUAGCGCACGAGUGGGAGACGCUUUUAUGACGGCGAGGAGG